AUGUACAGAAGCUGCCUUUUGGAAAAAGAAGCGGACAUGUACUCCAGCACUCUCAGGAGCCCCGCAGGAGGUGGCACCGCCGGGGCUGGUGCCACUGGGGAUGGUGGGAGUCCUCUGCCAGCCUCCAACUUCGCAGCGGCCCCUUCUUAUGCGCACUACAUGGGAUAUCCACAUAUGCCUGGUAUGGAUCCUCACGGGCCACCGCUGGGAGCCUGGGGGUCACCCUAUAGUCCCCCUCGUGAAGACUGGAGCGUGUACCCCGGGCCAUCCAGUACUAUGGGUACGGUCCCCAUGAACGACAUGAGCUCGAGCCCCGCCGCUUUCAGCUCACCGGAAUAUAGCAACCUGGGCCCCGCAGGGGGUGGAAACAGCGGUAGCAGCCUGCCAACACCAGCCGGAGGAUCACUGUUCCCCAUCGACGCCGGCAUCGCAGACGAGAGUUCUAGCAGAAGCCGUCACAGCCCCUAUGCAUGGAUGCGCAAGACAGUGCAGGUGACUGGGAAAACCAGGACAAAAGAAAAGUACCGUGUAGUUUACACAGAUCAUCAAAGGUUGGAGCUGGAGAAAGAAUUCCACUGCAAUAGAUAUAUCACCAUUCGGAGAAAAUCAGAGCUUGCAGUCAACUUGGGCCUUUCUGAGAGACAGGUGAAAAUCUGGUUUCAAAAUCGCAGAGCCAAGGAGAGAAAGAUGAUCAAAAAGAAAAUAUCCCAGUUUGAGAACAGUGGAGGCUCAGUGCAAAGUGACUCUGGCUCCAUCAGCCCUGGGGAACUACCUAAUAUUUUUUUCACCACCCCAUCUGCUGUCCGUGGAUUUCAGCCUAUCGAGAUUCAGCAGGUCAUAGUCUCUGAAUGAAAUCUGAAUGAAAGAAAGGCAAAGAGAAAUGGAAAAUGCCCUUCCUUUAGCAUUGUCUUUUUGGUCUCUUAAGAUAUCAGCAGGGGAGUUGCAACAUUAGGUAAUAAUUCCUUGUAAGACAGUAUUCAGAAUGAGUGGAUGCACCAUGGAUUGAAGAUAAUUCAAGAAUCACUUACUGUUAGGAACUAUACCUAGAAAACUCCUGUGUGCAAUGCUAUGUCAGUCACUCAGGGAACUUGGUGGUAAGCUGUAUAAUUGAAAGCUACAGUCACAAGCCCUUGCAACUCUAUUCACAAUUUCAGAAAUUUGCUUGUAAUAGACCAUAAAAAACAGUUCUGCCAGGAUGCACAUUUGUAUAUGUAUACUUGUGUUCAUCAUUUGAUGCUGAGUGUGUCCUCUGAUGCUCUUUUUGGGGUGGGGAGAAGGUAAGCAGAAAGGUAUCUAUCUCUAGCUACCUUUUCAAGUGUUUGAUUCAAAAGCUAACAGAAU